AUGCACUUCUGUCACCUGUGCAGCUACAAUCAGUUUUUCCCUUGUCAUCAGUGCGGCAAGAGGUAUAUCAGGAACACUCAUCUGCGAAGGCAUUUACGGUUCGAGUGCUACAAGGACCCGCAGUUUGUUUGCAUCUUUUGCGGCAAAAAGUUUCAUCAGCGAUGUAACUUGAAGGUUCACAUCAUCAGGCGUCACCCUUCGGUGCCCAAGCUUAUAACGUUCUUCGCGAGAGAUUUUGACGAGUACUCCGACCUCAAUGUCUACAACCGCGACCGUAUCCGAUACGGCUGGGCUAGGCGUCACAAAAUUUACAGGCAGAAGAAAACUCUCGGUCGGCAUCUGCGUAGCCACGCGUGA